UAGUUUUGGCAAAAAGUAAUAUAAUAGAUCAAAAUGCCAAACUGGAAUCAAAUACAAUCGCAACUUCGGAGCUCUACAAAUCCUGUAGUUUUUUUUGACAUUGCUGUGGGCACUACGGAGAUUGGGCGAAUGAUAUUCGAACUGUUCGCAGACACAGUGCCCCGCACGGCGGAGAACUUCCGACAGUUUUGCACGGGCGAAUAUCGGCCGGAUGGCGUGCCCAUCGGCUACAAGGGCGCCAGUUUCCACCGAGUGAUUAAAGACUUUAUGAUCCAGGGUGGCGACUUUGUCCAGGGUGACGGGACUGGCGUGACAAGCAUCUACGGCAGCACGUUCGGCGACGAGAACUUUACCCUGAAGCAUGACUCUCCGGGACUGCUGUCCAUGGCGAACAGUGGCAAGGAGACGAACGGCUGCCAGUUUUUCAUCACCUGCGCCAAGUGCAAUUUCCUGGACGGCAAGCAUGUCGUGUUCGGUCGCGUUCUGGACGGCCUGCUCAUUAUGCGGAAGAUUGAGAACGUACCCACUGGCCCAAACAACAAGCCCAAGUUGCCAGUGACCAUUUCGCAAUGCGGACAAAUGUAGCGAUGAAUAGAAAGUGUUGUAAUAAAGUCUCUAUUAUGUCUUUUUAAA